AUGGUUCAGUCAUCUGUCCUCGGUUUCCCCCGUAUGGGCCGUCUUCGAGACCUGAAGAAGGCCACCGAAGCAUACUGGGCAGGAAAGCUCUCUCGCGAUGAGUUGCUCAAAGAGGGAAAGAGACUGCGCCUGGAGCAUUGGCAAAUCCAAAAGAAAGCUGGUGUUGAUCUCAUCCCCAGCAAUGACUUUGCUUUCUACGACCAAGUCCUUGACCACAUUCAACUCUUUGGGGCAAUCCCCGAGAGAUAUUCCAAGUAUGGCCUCCACCCUGUUGAUGAAUACUUCGCCAUGGGGCGAGGUCUGCAGAGACCUGCCAAGGAUGGUGAGGCCGCUGUGGACGUUCCCAGUCUGGAAAUGGUGAAAUGGUUCGACUCGAACUACCAUUACGUUAAGCCUACGCUGCAGGACUCCCAGACGUUCACUUUGUCAAGCAAUCCUAAGCCCGUUGUUGAGUUUAUGGAGGCGAAGGAGGCUGGCAUUACCACCCGUCCAGUCCUUCUCGGCCCAGUUUCCUUCCUUGCCCUCGCCAAAGCCGAUCGUGGCCAGACCGUUGACCCUAUUUCCCUCAUUGGUAAACUCGUUCCCCUGUAUGUUGAGCUUUUAGCCCGGCUCAAGGCUGCCGGAGCUGAGGAUGUUCAGGUCGAUGAACCCGUCUUGGUUUUCGAUUUGUCUGAGAAGACGAAGGCUGCGUUCAAACCCACAUACGAAAUGUUGGGCGCCCUUGGUGACAAGGCACCCCGCCUGGUCUUAGCCACGUAUUUUGGUGACAUUGUCCACAACAUUGAUGUCCUUCCUUCCCUUCAGAAUCUUCAUGGUAUCCAUGUCGACUUGGUCCGCAACCCAGAGCAGCUCGACACCGUGAUCAAUGCUCUUGGACCCAAACAAAUUCUAUCUGCUGGUGUUGUUGAUGGCCGCAAUAUCUGGAAGACCAACUUCAAGCGAGCCAUCGAGAUCGUUGAGACCGCUGUCCAGAAACUUGGCAAGGAAAGCGUUAUUGUUGCCACUUCUAGCUCGCUUCUUCAUACUCCUCACACCCUCGAGAGCGAGAAGACCCUGGACCCGGAGGUGCGAGAUUGGUUCAGCUUCGCUGUUGAGAAGGCCAGCGAAGUAGUUGUCAUUGCAAAGGCUGUCACUGAAGGCCCUGCCUCUGUGCGGGAAGAAAUUGAGGCUAACUCCAAGUCGGUCCAAGCCCGUGCAUCAUCCAAGCGGACUAAUGAUCCCAAGGUCAAGGAGAGACAAGAUGCUGUCACUGACGAAUUGCACAAACGCAAUUCCCCCUUCCCAGUCAGAAUCAGCCAGCAGCAGAAGAAGCUCAACCUUCCUUUGUUCCCAACCACCACCAUCGGGUCCUUCCCCCAAACCAAACACAUCCGUCUCCAACGGAACAAGUUCACCAAAAAUGAGAUUACAGCAGAGGAAUACGAGAAAUUCAUCGAGAAAGAAAUCCAAGAUGUUGUCAAAAUCCAAGAGGAACUGGAUUUGGAUGUAUUUGUCCACGGAGAGCCGGAACGUAAUGAUAUGGUUCAGUACUUCGGCGAGAGAUUGACUGGAUAUGUCUUUACUACCCACGCUUGGGUUCAGAGUUAUGGUUCCCGCUGCGUACGCCCUCCGAUUAUUGUCGGAGAUAUUUCCCGUCCAGCCCCCAUGACCGUUAAAGAGUCGAAAUAUGCCGUCUCCAUCUCCAAGAAGCCAAUGAAGGGUAUGCUUACUGGACCAAUCACCUGUCUGCGGUGGUCUUUCCCUCGUGACGAUAUUCACCAGUCCGUGCAAGCUCAGCAGCUGGCUCUUGCUCUUCGCGAUGAGGUUGUUGACUUGGAAGCUGCUGGUAUCGAUGUCAUUCAAGUUGAUGAGCCGGCUCUCCGUGAAGGUCUUCCCCUCCGCUCUGGAAAGGAACGUGAGGCUUACCUCGACUGGGCCGUUAAGGCUUUUCGACUUGCCACUUCCGGCGUCCAGGAUAGCACCCAAAUUCAUUCCCACUUCUGCUAUUCCGAGUUCCAGGACUUCUUCCACGCAAUCGCAGCCCUCGAUGCCGAUGUUCUCAGUAUCGAGAACAGCAAGAGUGACGCCAAGCUUCUCAAGGUCUUCGUCGACGAAGCCUACCCGCGACACAUCGGUCCCGGUGUAUACGAUAUCCACUCUCCUCGUGUCCCAAGUGAGCAAGAGAUCAGGGACCGCAUCGAAGAGAUGCUUCAAUACCUUCGACCAGAUCAACUCUGGAUCGAUCCCGAUUGCGGUCUCAAGACGCGGCAAUGGCCUGAGACCAAGGCAGCUCUCACCAACAUGGUAAAUGCUGCCAAGUUCUUCCGCCAAAGGUAUGCUAAAUAA